AUGCCUGGAACCGACAACUUUUACAUAUUCACCUCGCUGCGUUAUGAUCCUAGCUUGCAGCAGGUACCCAGUCGUGGUUUUCAACAUGCCGCAUGGAACUACCAUCAUGUAUCUCCAUUUUACUGUUUAGACUAUCAUCGCGAUCGUCUACUUCGAGCCGCCACUCACUGGGGCUGGCAGUCUGCUAUGGAUGCCCUCGCUGGCGAGCAGGCUCUCACAAGGCUGGCCGACUCUGCCAACGAGUUCCUCGGCACAUCUCAGAUGACGCCGGUGCGACUCCGAAUAAUCGUACACGCGCACGGCACGAUUGAAUUUCAGAAAUUUGACACGCCAGAUGCUGCGAUGGAGAAUCUGUUUCCCUCGUGUCUUCCCGCACCGGCUGCUACGCCGGGCGACAUGGAAGCCCAGCGAUCAGUCGUGUACGCGCUCCUCCGUGACAGUGCCCUCAUACCGCCCUCUGAAUUUACGCACCACAAAACAUCGAAGCGAGACAUGUACAAUGAGGCACGAUCUCGUGCCGGCAUCAACGCGGGCGACCGCAAGGAAGUGCUCAUGGUCAAUGCGCAAAACGGCGAAAUCAUGGAGGGCAGCAUCACCACGCCUUACUUUUGGAGGAAUGGCCGGUGGGUUACACCUCCAGUUUCAGCCGAGUUCUCCGGUAUGGACAGCGGAGGCAACAACGGGACCUCGAGGCGAUAUGCCCUCGAAAACAAACUCGCGGUAGAAGAAUCCGUCAAGGCGGAGACCUUGGUUGACGGCGAGGAAUGCUGGAUCAGCAACGGUGUGUCUGGCUUCAUUGCGGCGCAGGUGCAGUUGGCAACUGAAUAG